AUGUCGGGCUUUGACUCGGGUCGUGUCUUCUCGGCCCAGGCGCUGGCAGGGUCCGAGGCAUCUAGAGCUCCCGAUGCUCCUGCACAGACCGAGCAGACGCUCUUCAACUUUGUCCAGACCUUCCGCACAGGCAGCGACUAUGUGUACCGUGAUCGUCUCCGCGCUAACCUUCUCGCCAAACAAUACGUCCUAGAGGUUCAGCUCGAGCACGUCCAGCUCUGGAGCAACGAUCUCGCGCAGGCGCUCCGAGACACCCCCUCGGAUAUCCUGCCUCUCUUCGAAUCGGCGGUCAAGCGCGCAGCACGAGCGAUCCUGUACCCUGUCAUCACCCGAGACGAACAGCGCCCCGAAGCGCCGGACUGCCAAGUGACUCUUCGUAGUCAUGCCAACCUCACACCCAUGCGCGACUUGCACGCCGACAGCAUCUCUCAUCUCGUCCGUGUUCCAGGCAUCGUCAUCGGUACCACCACCCUCUCCUCACGAGCCACACACCUUCAAGUUAUGUGCAGAGAUUGCCGCGCAACCAAGACUCUCCCUGUUGUCUCAGGUUUUGGCGGCUUCACGCUGCCGCGAUACUGCGACUCGACAAAGAUGGACACUACAGCACCCAAGUGCUCGAUAGAUCCCUACGUCAUCCUUCACGACAAGUGUCGCUUCGUCGACAACCAGACCGUCAAGCUGCAAGAGGCGCCAGACAUGGUUCCUGUAGGUGAGCUGCCUCGACACAUGCUCAUGUCGGUUGACCGUGCGCUCUGCGGGCGUGUCGUCCCUGGCUCGCGCAUCAUCGCGACCGGUGUCUACUCCACGUUCAACAAUGCCGGUAGCGGCAAAGGCGGCAAGGCCGGUGCCAUCGCUCUACGCACCCCCUAUCUCAGAGUCGUCGGCCUAGAGAUCGACGCUGAAGGAGCGGGGGGACGCGGAAUGGCGCGCAUUUUCUCUGCCGAGGAGGAAGAAGAGUUCGCCAGACUUUCGAGGACAAGAGACUUGUACGAGAAGUUCUCUGCCAGCAUCGCGCCAAGUAUCUUUGGCAAUCAGGACAUCAAGAAGGCCAUUGCAUGUCUGUUGUUCGGUGGCUCGAAGAAGGUGUUGCCGGACGGCAUGCGACUUCGUGGCGACAUCAACGUCCUCAUGCUUGGUGACCCUGGUACUGCCAAGUCGCAAUUGCUCAAGUUCGUCGAGAAAGUGUCACCGAUCGCCGUCUACACGUCCGGCAAGGGUUCGUCUGCUGCCGGUUUGACCGCGUCGGUACAGCGUGAUCCGCAGUCGCGCGAGUUCUACCUCGAAGGUGGUGCCAUGGUGCUCGCAGACGGCGGCGUGGUGUGUAUCGACGAGUUUGACAAGAUGCGCGACGAGGAUCGUGUCGCUAUCCACGAGUCGAUGGAGCAGCAGACCAUCUCGAUCGCCAAGGCAGGCAUCACAACCAUCUUGAACACGCGUACAUCGGUGCUGGCGGCGGCCAACCCAAUCUUUGGCCGAUACGACGACAUGAAGUCGCCAGGCGAGAACAUCGACUUUCAGACCACCAUUCUGUCCCGUUUCGAUAUGAUCUUCAUCGUCAAGGACGAGCACAACGAGCAGCGCGAUCGCACUAUGGCCAAGCACGUCAUGAACAUCCACAUGAACCGCGCCAACGACGCCUCGGCCACGGGCGAGUUCGACAUCGAGCAGAUGAAGCGAUACGUUUCGUUCUGCAAAGCACGCUGCGCACCCCGCCUUUCGCCCGAAGCCGCCGAGAAGCUGUCGUCGCACUUUGUCGCGCUGCGCAAGCAGGUGGCUCAGGUGGAACGCGACAAUGACGAACGAUCCUCGAUCCCCAUCACGGUGCGUCAGCUGGAAGCCAUCGUGCGUAUUUCGGAAUCGCUGGCCAAGGUGACGCUCUCACCCUCUGUGGGCGAGGAGCACGUCGACGAGGCCAUGCGUCUGUUCCGUUCCUCGACCAUGGACGCAGUGCAGGCGGGCAACGUGGAGGGUAUGACACGCGGUGAGCUCGCCGAAGAGUGCCAGAAGCUGGAGCGCGAGAUCCGUAGAAGGCUGCCUAUUGGUUGGAGCACGAGCUACGCCAAGCUGCGUCACGAGUUUGUCGAGAGCCAAGGUUACACCAACCACGCGCUCGAGAGGACGCUUUUCAUCCUCGAGAAGCGCGAUGUGAUCCGAUUCUCGAACCAGCGCAAAGCCCUCACACGUACCGGUGUCUGA